CCUACAUUUUUCUCUCUUUCUUUCUUCCACUUCAGUCUCCUUUCUCCUCUCCUCUUCUUUUGCUUCAACUUCAACGCCAUUUCUCUCUCUCUCUCUCUCUUUCUCUAACACUUGAACAUCAACAACUACUCUCUUAAUCUCUCUCUCUCUCUCUCUCUCUCUCUCUACAAUCUAUCCAUUUCUGUCUAGAAAUAAUGUUCCUCUGUUAGCAGCCCUAGCCCUGCUUCAUCUAUGCUAGGGCUGCAGAAGAAGAAGAAAAUUAAACCAAAACCCAUUAAUCAAUCAAACCCUAGACUCAUUUACUUUUAAAGGAUUAAACAGAUAAAUAUAUACUAAUGGUCUUCAAGAACAAACUCUUCUUCUCUUCUAAGAAAUCUGAUACUUCUAGUCCAGAUGGAUCCAACAGCCCUCGAUCUAUCGGCUCCAAUUCACCGAUCCGAUCUGACAAGAAAAAGCCCAAAUCUUCAUCUAAGGAUGAAAGUCCCACUGCCCAUAAUACUGGUUUUGCUGCUGCAGCUUGUAGACAAACCCAAGUCAAGGAUGGAGUCAAGAAGAAGGACUCAUUCAAGGGUAAGGAAAGUGCUGCUCAAUCGCCUGGGAGAUUGGGUUUGUCUAGUUCUGGGUCUAAGAAGCCUGCAUCUGCGACGGCGGCUGAUGGGAAGAACGCCGCCGCUUCAGUGUCUCCCAUAUUGGCCUCUUCUUUAGGGUUGAACAAGAUAAAGACGAGAUCGGGGCCGUUGCCGCAAGAGAGCUUUUUCAGUUUUAGAGGGGAUAAGGGGUCGGGGGUGCUGGGGUCCAGUAACUUAUCCAAGCCUGGUGUUGGCGGUGGUGUUAGUGGAGGGUCGAGUUCAAGUUCCGGGUCGGGGAAGAAGAAGGAGAUAGUGGGACAGAGUAGGAUGAUGGGAUUUCAGGGGAGUGGUGUCGGUGAUUAUGGCCACAAUUGGGAUAGCACAAUGUCUCCUGGAAGUGGGCAGUCUAGAGAGGUAAGUUCGAACUUGCAGGCAAUGUCGCGAUUGCAGAAUGGGGAAUCAUCGGCAGAGGCAGGUCGAUGUGAGUCAUCACGGGGUCGCUCUGGAGGCUUAAGAAGUUCGGAUGUUCUUACGCCGGAGACUUAUGACUGUGAAAACCCAAAGGAGUCUGAAUCUCCCCGUUUUCAAGCUAUACUCCGAGUGACAAGUGCGCCUAGAAAGAAGUUUCCUGCUGAUAUUAAAAGUUUCUCCCAUGAAUUAAAUUCAAAAGGUGUUCGGCCUUUUCCAUUUUGGAAGCCUCGAGGGCUAAAUAACUUGGAGGAAAUCUUGGUUGUGAUACGGGCAAAAUUUGACAAAGCAAAGGAAGAAGUGAAUUCUGAUUUAGCUAUCUUUGCAGCGGAUCUGGUUGGAGUCCUUGAAAAAAAUGCAGAAAGUCAUCCUGAAUGGCAGGAAACCAUUGAGGACUUGUUGGUUUUAGCUCGUAGUUGUGCUAUGACAUCACCCAGUGAGUUCUGGCUUCAGUGCGAAGGCAUAGUCCAAGAAUUGGAUGAUAGGCGCCAAGAACUUCCUCCAGGAAUGCUGAAGCAGCUUCAUACCCGAAUGCUUUUCAUUCUUACAAGGUGUACCAGGUUGUUGCAAUUUCACAAAGAAAGUGGGCUGGCUGAGGAUGAAAAUGUUUUUCAGCUUCGCCAAUCCAGACUUCUGCAUUCUGAUGAUAAACGUAUUCCUCUGGUCAUUGGAAGUGAAGGGAAAAGUUCUAGUGUUGCUAAGUCAUCCAAGACAGGAUCAGUGAAGAAAUCUUAUAGUCAAGAGCAGCAUGGCUUGGAUUGGAACAGAGACCAGGUUCAAGUGCCAGGGAGUUCACUUCCUACUGCUGAUGGCACUUCGAAGAGCAUGGAUUCUCCUGGGGGCCGGGAUCGGAUGGCUUCUUGGAAGAAACUACCAUCUCCUUCAGCAAAAAGCAUGAAGGAAGUUGCUUCGCCAAAGGAACUUAAUGAUAGGAAGGCUGAACCUUUGAAAAUGUCGAACAAUAGGAAAGCAGUUUCUGAUGCAGAUCUAAUUGCUGCUAAGCUUUCAGAGCUUCCUAUAGCCAAAGAUUCACAUGAAAAUUCUACAAAGCACCAACACAAAGUUUCUUGGGGUUAUUGGGGUGAUCAGCAGAAUGUUUCUGAUGAUAGUUCAAUAAUUUGUCGCAUUUGUGAGGAGGAGGUUCCAACUUCAAACGUUGAAGACCAUUCAAGAAUUUGUGCAAUUGCUGAUCGCUGUGACCAGAAGGGUCUAAGCGUGAAUGAACGUCUUGUUGGAAUUUCUGACACUCUUGAUAAGAUGAUGGAGUCCUUUGCGCAGAAGGAUAUCCAACAUGCAGUAGGAAGCCCAGAUGUUGCCAAAAUAUCAAAUUCUAGUGUGACUGAAGAGUCUGAUGUUCUCUCUCCAAAACUCAGUGAUUGGUCCAGGAGAGGUUCAGAGGACAUGCUUGACUGUUUUCCUGAAGCUGAUAAUUGUAUUUUUAUGGAUGACCUGAAGGGUUUGCCUUCAAUGUCAUGUAAAACCCGCUUUGGUCCAAAAUCGGAUCAAGGGAUGGCCACAUCAUCAGCAGGUAGCAUGACUCCAAGGUCUCCAUUAUUGACACCAAGGACCAGUCCGAUAGACUUGCUUCUGGCAGGAAAGGGUGCUUUUUCUGAGAAUGAUGACAUUCCACAGAUGAAUGAACUUGCAGAUAUUGCUAGAUGUGUAGCAAAUACACCUUUGGAUGAUGACCGUUCGAUGUCUUACUUGCUUACUUGUCUUGAAGACUUGAGGGUUGUCAUUGACCGCAGAAAGUUCGAUGCACUUACUGUUGAGACUUUUGGAACACGCAUUGAAAAGCUUAUCAGGGAGAAGUAUUUGCAGCUUUGUGAACUUGUACAAGAGGAAAGGGUUGAUAUAACGAGUACUAUAAUCGAUGAAGAUACUCCCUUGGAAGAUGAUGUGGUUCGGAGCUUGAGAACAAGCCCUAUACAUUCCAGGGACCGCACCUCGAUAGAUGAUUUUGAGAUAAUAAAACCAAUCAGUCGCGGGGCAUUUGGACGGGUUUUCUUGGCUAAAAAGAGAACAACAGGAGAUCUAUUUGCCAUAAAGGUUCUUAAAAAGGCAGACAUGAUCCGGAAGAAUGCUGUUGAAAGUAUACUUGCAGAACGGGAUAUUUUAAUUUCAGUCCGCAAUCCUUUUGUGGUUCGAUUCUUUUAUUCAUUUACUUGUCGUGAGAAUUUGUAUCUUGUGAUGGAGUAUUUGAAUGGAGGAGAUCUAUAUUCUUUAUUGAGAAAUUUGGGCUGCUUAGAUGAAAAUGUUGCUCGCAUAUAUAUUGCAGAAGUGGUGCUCGCAUUGGAAUAUCUACAUUCCCUCCGUGUGGUUCACCGUGAUUUGAAGCCAGAUAAUCUGUUGAUUGCACAUGAUGGUCAUAUCAAGUUGACGGACUUUGGUCUAUCCAAGGUUGGUCUCAUCAACAGCACUGAUGAUCUAUCUGGUCCAGCAGUUAGUGGGACCUCUAUGCUUGGGGAUGAUGAACCACAACUAUCCACUUCUGAGCAUCAGCAGGAAAGACGGAAGAAACGUUCUGCUGUGGGUACACCAGACUAUUUGGCGCCUGAGAUACUUUUGGGAACAGGACAUGGCACAACUGCAGAUUGGUGGUCGGUGGGUGUCAUUCUAUUUGAGCUGAUUGUUGGUAUUCCGCCAUUUAAUGCAGAGCAUCCACAGACAAUAUUUGAUAAUAUUCUCAACUGUAAGAUACCUUGGCCACGGGUGCCUGAAGAAAUGAGCCCUGAAGCACAGGAUCUAAUUGAUAGAUUAUUAACAGAAGAUCCUCAUCUGAGACUUGGAGCUGGAGGGGCAUCUGAGGUGAAGCAGCAUAUAUUCUUUAAGGAUAUUAACUGGGACACUCUUGCCAGACAGAAGGCUGCAUUUGUUCCCAGUUCAGAGAGUGCACUCGAUACAAGUUACUUCACGAGUCGCUACUCGUGGAAUACUUCCAAUGACAAUGUAUAUCCAGGCAGUGAAUUUGAGGAUUCCAGCGAUGACGACAGUUUAAGUGGCAGCAGUAGUUGCCCAAGCAAUCGCCAAGAUGAAGUGGGAGAUGAAUGUGGGGGACUUGCAGAGUUCGAGUCUGGCUUGUCUGUCAAUUACUCAUUCAGUAAUUUUUCAUUCAAGAAUCUCUCCCAGCUUGCAUCAAUCAACUACGAUCUUCUCUCCAAGGGCUGGAAGGACGAUCCAUCUACAAAUCCUAAUUCAUGACCUCUGUGAAGAGCCGUAAUUGUGUUUUUUGAUUUCAGAUCAAUUUGGGCAUUUGUAGGGUGCCUGAUUGCCAGUGUUGUUUGUAUACCCUGUACAUAAAUAGAAGACAAGUUGAAAGACUGCAACUGCUUUGGGAUGUGCUCUUUACACAUUAUAGGUAAUGGAUCCACACUGGGGUUCCAAUUUUAUUGUCAGAGUUGUUUUGUUUGAGCUGAGGAUGUUAGUGUACGAGAAGUUAAUGCCACAGUGGUGGUUUACAGUCUUAACCUAUGGUGUAUUGUUUUUGAUUUUUUGGUUCACAUCAAUGAGAACACAUCCCUAUGUUCAGUUCAGUGUGAAAUGUUUAGUCAAAUUUGUGAGCUUA